AUGUGUCCAGCACAGCACAGACGUUUUCAUAAUAUUCACCAGAUACUGUUUUCACCACUGAACGUGUCAGACACCAAAGAAUUUUUGAAGAAAGGUUCUCACGCCUAUAUCCAUGCAACAAACUGCACAAGUACACCAUCAUUGCCAUCAACAAAAUCACAGUCUGCGCAAGAACAGACGCCGCUGCAGCAGCCGCUAAUACCAUUACCGUCUCCGCCGCAGAAGUCGCUGCCGUCGCUGCCGCAGCCACCAUCGUUGCCGCAGCCACAAUCGCUGCCAUCGUUUCUGCAGCCACUAUCGCUGCCGCAACCACCAUCGCUGCCGCAACCACCAUUGCUGACGUGGUCGUCUCCAUUAUCGCCGCAAGGGUCGAAGCUGCCGCCGUCACUGCAGUCCCCACCAUCAACACAGAAGCUGGAGCCUUCAUCGCAACAACCACCACAGCAUAAUUCACGGUCACAGGUGCAACAACAGCCCCCAUCUAAUGUGCAGUAA